UUUCGAGCUGUCAAAACAAGAAAAUUUUCUGCUGACUGAAUCCUGCAGUUCAUUUCGAUUUAGUAUCUUAUUUAGUGCCAUCCAUUCAGUAUUUGUAGGGAUCAACGCGGAUGAUACGUUGUAAACAUUUCGGUCAGCUGGUACCUAACGAUAACGUAUUUAAUUAGAACUUCAAGUGCGACAUUACGACACAAACUAUCCUGUGGCGUGAUCUAAAUGUUUUUCUCCAUAAUGAACUGUUCCACUGCUUGUCAACUACGCUGACAAGUAUAGGGUUUUGUUUUUCUCCUGUUGUGAAAGUAUGAUUCAUAGCUCUUGUUAAAUAGCCAUGCCAUUAUGUUGUUUGAUGAUCGCCUUUUCUAUGUGUAAACUAAACAUCAAGGGCACAGUAACAUUUGUGCAAGUUUGAUGCGUAAAAGCUAAUCAGCCAAGUGAGUGCAGUGUUUUGCGAAAGUUAAAAGAUAAAGAUUAGAAAGUGACCAUUAUAGAAAAAAAACUGUGCUUGAGUGAUUUGUAUACCGAUGCUUGAAUAGUUUCGAUUAGUUCAGCAGCGGAAGUUUUGGUAGAUGUAUUGCUGAUCUGACUCGUCAGGAAAAUGACUUCAUUUUUCAACGUCAGUGCCCUCGGUGGCAAUCCCUUUUCGACACCGGUCGGACAAAGAAUAGAGCAAGCCACGGAUGCCAGUCUUGCUUCAGAAAAUUGGGCCCUCAACAUGGAAAUAUGUGAUAUGAUCUCCGAAUCGUCCGAUGGGGCACGAGACGCGAUGAAGGCGAUACGCAAGCGUCUCACACAGAAUGCCGGUAAAAAUUAUACGGUCAUAAUGUACACUCUGACCGUGUUGGAAACAUGCGUGAAGAACUGCGGAAAGGCUUUCCACGUUCUGGUGGCCAACAAGGAAUUUAUUCAGGAGCUGGUCAAACUGAUUGGCCCGAAAAACGAUCCGCCACCUAUUGUGCAGGAGAAGGUACUGAGCCUGAUUCAGAUUUGGGCAGAUGCCUUCCGUUCGCAGCCCGACCUUAACGGGGUGGUGCUUGUCUAUCAGGAACUCAAAAACAAAGGCAUCGAAUUUCCGGCUACCGAUCCGGAUUCACUGGCACCAAUUUACACUCCGCAACGGAGUGUUCCGGACGGAGCCGCCACGGAGAACAGCGUAUCGAUUUCACCCCAUCACGCCUCCCAAACGCCUGGUUCUCCAGCUAUGCCACCACCUUCCGCGAUGUCACAGGAACAAAUUGCCAAGCUUCAGUCCGAGCUGGAUAUAGUUACAAUGAACAUGACCGUUUUAGGUGAUAUGUUAACGGAACUAAAACCUGGCCAGGAAGAUCCCUCGGACUAUCAGUUGUUAACCGAGUUGGUAACCACCUGCCGAGAAAUGCAAAAUCGCAUCGUCGAUCUGAUAGGCAAAGUCCACCACGAUGAACUCACGGCCGAGCUACUGCGGCUUAACGAUGAAUUAAACAAUCUUUUUCUACGGCAUGCUCGGUUCGAGAAGAAUCGAGAUCCCAAAACGGCCUCAUUAACGACUCCAUCGGCUAUCCUGGGUGCAGCGAUGGGAGUUCCACAGGGAACGGACACGGUACCACCGACCGAUAAGAAGGAUUCAUUGAUUGAUCUUAGCGAUGAAGCCAGUGGUGGCGGUGGUGCUGCUGCAAUUGGUUCACAAUUAGCCGGAUUGAGUUUAGGAAAAACCGCUACUGCUACCUUCCAGCUGUCACAGCUGAACAGCGUAUCGGCGCAAUCCGGUGCGGCCACCGCUAAUUCCAACAAAAAAGCCCCACCUCCCGAUGUUGUUUCCGACGAGUUCGAUAUGCUCGCCCAGUCUCGGAAUACUACCGGGGAUAAUGCAAAAGACAGCACCAAGGUUGAUUUGCUAGGUGGUCAAACGAGAGUGACUACUUUGAACGCACGUGACACUGAGUUCGAUGAAAUGGAGAAAUGGCUCGGCAAUCCGGAGGAUAUCGACAACAUCGAAUCUACCGAGAAUGGUGGAGGUAAUGCGGGCGCUGAGGAAAGUCUUACUAGUAAAGAGUUCGAAAAAUUCCUUGCCGAGCGCGCGGCCGUUGCUGAGAACCUGCCGACGAUCUCUGCUCCAACCGGUAGCAGCAAUACCGGGGCAGCGAAGGAUCGUAAGAAAAAGGACGAAGAUGAAGGACUUCUUGCACUUUGAAUCAAUCGGACGUAAAUAUGACUAUUACUUUAAUUACUGAGCUGGGUGGGGUUCGUUGUAUGUGAUAGAUGUAUUUUAUGGGCAAAAAGAAGCAAAAGUAUAGAGGAAAAGAGUUAAUUUAUUUCCAUUUAUUAAUUUCAUUGUACAGUUCGGAUACACCCUGUUUGUAGGGUGUAUAAGAAAAAAAAGCACGAAGGCGCCAUAUUUUUUUAUGUAUGAUAAUUGUAUUUAUGUUCUUUGUUUUACACAUUUACUGGUCCACCAAAGUGACGAUAAAAUUUUACUGUACCAGAUGAAAAUAUAAUUGUAGCUGUGUAUCAGCGAUUCAAAUACUAGAAAGCGUACGUAAAUUUACAAGGAAAUUAUAAUGAAACGAUUUACCAGUUUUUUCUCAACACCUAACAAUACAAGACUCAGCACAUUACUCACUUAAUGCAGUCUUUAUAGUUACAACAACUAUUAUAAAACUACGACUAAAAACUAAAAAACACACACACACAAACAAACGCUAGUGUUGGCGUAAUUUAGGCCAAAAAUUUUAAUUGCAUUGAUUUUAUUGUGGUAUUUUAGGCGAUGAGUAGGUCUAUUAAGCAUUGGAAUAAACAAAAAAAAAAGAACAAACCAAUCUGCUUUCUAACAGAAGCACGACGCAAAGUUAAGUUUGGACCAUUCCCAGGGGAAAAAACUUUAUGUUAGUCUAUUUUAUACGAACCAAAAAUUAGCAAGUCCUAUCGCUAGAAUUCAAAUAUUUUACAUUUGUGGUCAGCACAGCCAUAUUAAAGUCAUAAGAUUACAAAAUAUACUGUUCGGUUGACCAGUCUUAUUCCUAUUUCAAGCCAAUUGUUUGUUUGUUAGUCGACGGUGAAACAAUACGAAUAUUGAACAAUAUUGAAAGAUUGCAAUGUCUUUGAAUUCUUAUAACAGUCUAACAGAUUCUACGUGCUUUCGUUGUCACCAAAAUUAUAUUUAAUAUGGAGGAACGAGAAGGCAUUAUUAAAAACUAACAAAAAACGUAAUUAAUAUAUGCAAACUACAA